ACACACACAAGUUGAAUGGAUAAGAAAAAUCUGAGAAUCCAUUCAUCGCAUGCAGUUGGUCUCUUUUGGCUUGAAAUGAACCUACCUCAAAGAAAUACUGCUUCCAGAAUUGUACAAGAACAUGCUAAUUUAUUAUGUCCCAACUUCUCCAUUCCUUCUCAAUAAAAUCCCACCACAACUUGAAAAAACCAACAUCGCCAACAAGAUUAACAAAGCCAAUGGUAUUACCAUCAGAAGCACUUCCCAAGCCACCAGCAGCAGCAGCAGAAGAAGCAGAAGCAGAAGCUUUCUCUUAGCAACUGCAGGGUUUCUUGCAGCUGCUGCAGUUUUAGCUUCUGCCGGUGCAGUUGAGUCUCCUGAGCAAUCUGAGACUCUAGAAAAUAUUCCCCAGACACUGUCUGGAGAGUGUGCUUUGCCCAAGGAUUGCAAGAAACCAAGGAUUCAAAGACCAAAGUCGAGAAAGGCAGAGUCUUGCACAAUUAAGUGCGUCACCACCUGCAUUAGAGGCGGUGAGGGCUCACCUGGUGAAGGCCCCUUCAAUGUCAGGAGGCCUAUAGUUGUUUUCAAGCAAGGAUUUAGAAGCCGGCAAUAUUGUUUGGUGGAGUGCUCAGAUAUUUGCAAUUUAAUUAAAGAUGGUGACGACGGGCCUUAAAUUUAGUUUUCGAAAACCAGAAAACUGUAUAGCUUUCAGUUUCAUUCCUUGUCAAGGAAGAAAGGAAAAUUUCUUUAUUUUUGGGGAUGAGAGUUUAUGCAUGUUUACUCAGACAUUGUAUUAUUUAUAUACAAAGAGGCAUCAAAGCCUUGAUGUAGAAAAUACAGAGGAAGUGGGCGAGGCAUAGGGGACCUUUCAAAUUCUACUUCUUUGGCGUCCUUCCUCGUUCUUCCUCUCAUCUUCUCUCCCAUGACCUCCACCAAUAUUAUUAACUUCCCUUUCUGCCUCAUCCACCAUCUGUCAUAAUCUAAAGUAAAUGAGAAUAUGUUUAUUAUA